CAUUUUGAAAGAGGAGUAUUUCAUAUUUUAUCCGGAAGCAAAGUGAAAGCAGAUAAGAGACAACACAUUCAAAGCUAAAUCCAAAGAUGGGGAAUACACAGAGUGUCCUUAAGAAGAAAGGAUACACUAUCCUGAGGAAGGUAGAGAAUGGUGUCAUUGGUACUGACAAAAAUGGGGACCAGUUUGUCAUUAAAGAGAUCAAACUGAAUGAGAACUCAGUCAUGAACUCCAGUGCUGGAGACAUAAUCGAUGAGGUUGAAACUCUCCUGCAGAUAAAUCACCCCCAUAUUUCAAGCCAUAAGAACUCUUUCCAAGAUGAUGAAAGUUACUAUGUAGUGAUGGACCAUUGUGACGGUGGAAAUCUUGCACAGAAGAUCAAAGAGGGGAACCCAUUUUCAGAAGAACAGAUCAUGGACUGGUUUGUCAAGAUCUGCAUGGCUCUGAAGCAUGUGCAUGAACUGGGCCUUCUUCACAGAGACCUGAGACCACAGAAUAUAUUCCUCACAACAUUUGGGACACUUUGUUUGGGAGAUUUCGGAAGAGUCAAUGAAAAUGCUUCCCAAUCUGAAUCUUCAAAAGAUGGAAUGCUGGGUUAUUUAGGCCCAGAGAUUCUGACUGGUGGAAUUUAUGACACUAAAAGUGAUAUUUGGUCCUUGGGAUGUGUGCUGUAUGAGUUGUGUGUGCUUCAGAGUGCAUUCACUGCAGCAAGCACAAUAGAGCUCAUUCCCAAAAUACUGGGGGGUCCUUACCCAUCUCUCCCAGAGUGUUUCUCACCUGAGCUCCAUCAAGUACUGUGUGACAUCUUCCAACAAGAACCGACCAGUAGACCUUCAGCUGGUGAAAUCCUGGCAAAACCCUUCAUUAUUAGUUUCCUCACAAAAAAGAAUGAAAAAACUGUGGAGGAGCUCCAGACAAACUUGAACACUCUGAGAACUCUGGCAGACGGCUUGGAGUGUGUGCACCAGGGCACCACCAUAGGCAGUCUGACUGGAGGUGUUAUUGGGGCAGCUGGAGGAAUCACUUCCAUAGUAGGCCUCAUCCUGGCUCCCUUCACUUUGGGCGCCUCCCUGAUCGUCACAGGAGUGGGUGUUGGGGUGGCUGUCUUUGGUGGAGCCACAGCCGGAGUAUCCAACAUCACCAACAUGGUCAAUCAGUCUACCGACCGCAAAGCCAUCAAGAACAUCAUCAAGGAGUUCCAGGAGAAGAUGAACUCUGUGGUGACAUCUCUACAAAACAUCGCUGAGGGUUUGGAGACACCGCGGAUGAGUGGCUCCUUUACCACAGAAAGAGACAUUUUAAAUGCAGAGAAGCUAGCAAAUGCUGGGGCGAGGGUUGGGAGGGGCCUAGGGAGCAUCCCAGAGCUUGUCCGAUUGGUCCAUGUGGCCUCCAUUGGCAAGGUGGCAGCUCAAACUGCAAGGGCAGUGCGUGUUCUAGAGAUGGCAACAGGAAUAUUCUCUGCUUUCUUUGUAGCAGUUGAUAUCUUCUUCAUCGCCAUGGAUGCAAAAGAGAUCCACAACAUACGACAGGCGAAGGCUGAGAAACAGUCUAGUGAAAGCAGUAAGUUACACUUGAUGGACACAGACUCCAUGACUAAGCUGAACCCUGAAUGUGAAGAACCAAAGGCUGAGGUCAAGUCAGAGACCAUGAAGUUCAUCCAGACGAUCAGACAGACAGCUGAUCAGCUACAGCAGUGCCUGGACGAGCUGAGUGAUGUCAUCUCAUUCAUUCCUAAGAUAGAGGGCUGUCACUUAGACAAUUGAAACUAUACUCAGUCGUAGUGAUUGUAAAAGAAUCAGAAACAAGAAAUAGAGCAGAUUGAAUCAGUCCUUGAUACACAAUUUCACUGUAAAACACCCUGUAAAACACAGGUGUGGGCGGUGGUACUUUGACACCCAGAUAGGCCUUUCGGUUUAAAUUCUGAGCAAAAUCCCUUUUCUGUUCUUCAAUUCUUGCAAAAAUCAGCUCUGAUAGUAAGUAGGUUGUAGAAACAUAAGUAUACAGUAUAUCUCAGCUUUAGUACUGAAGCACUUUCCUUUCAGGUUAUUACAGUUGACAUGAUUUGAUCUGUACAUUUUUUUUCUCGCGUAAAACGAUAUCAGGUGUAUUACACAACUACAAAAGUGUCAGUUGUUUCAAUCUAAUAAUAGCCUACAUGAAGUGGUGAUGGUGAUUGUAUAAAAGUGUAAUUGUUGCAAUGAAAGAUUUAGUCAUUUUUAGGAAAUUAUCCUGGGUAACAACAUAUAUAUAAUACAAUCAUAAUCUAUAAAUGUCUGCUUCAAAAAAUAAAAAGCAUGUUUUAAACUCAA